AUGCCGUGCGAAUCGCCCUCUGAGUACUACGCAGCACCGCCCAGUAAUGAACCACCGCUGUUUGAUGCUGAUCGACAUCUACAUCAACACCGGCUUACUGCUGCUGCGGCUUCAAAACAUCAACUCAACCUCCAACUGCAACAACAACAAAAUACCAUUUCUUAUCUAUACACACCAGAUGGAAAACGUGUUGGAAGUGGAUCUAAUCAACAGUCGCAAAGCGUUGAGUCAUUAUGGGCCGGUACAAUCAAGCGCUCAAUUGUCUAUCAGAUGGGUAGCGAUCAACUGCAACGAAAAGCCAUUUCCUGCUGUAAUUUCAACGAUUACAUUGAUAUUCUGAACACACCCAAUAAGUAUCAACCCAAUGCAGCAGGUGAUGAUGCAACUGUACCUUCGGCAAUAAACAAGUGGAUUAGACUGAAUCAGCAAAAACUCAAACUAUCCCAGCAAGAGCAAACUUAUUCAUCUUCAGCACCAUCAUCUAACAACAGCCAAACGAGUGCUCCAAUCAACAUCAGCACAAGAACACGUCCCACGGACUAUCCUCAACCGUUCCCAUCACCAAAUUACCCGCAAAUAACUCUAACUACUCCUACUGCUACUAAUACGUCCACUCUUAACGAUCCCAACUCUGAAUUUAUUAAACAAAAAUCAAUGACACUACCCAGAUAA